AUGUCUUCAAGUAUCCCCACCGCCGAUGAUUUUAUGGACGUUGAUCGGGACGACGUGAAUUGGGCCUUCAUCAAUCGGCUACUUCUUGCAUGCAAUAUGCGCCUGCCGUCCACCACCGUCGUAAAGACCGCACCGCCUAACAAUGACAAAUUGCCAGCUGAGAUUCUCCAGGAGAUAUUUGAGUAUCUUGUAACGCCAUUCGAGGACGCCAGGGAGGCCAAACAGAAAAGUGUUGGCUCACAGGCUUGUAUUCCGGUGACUCAAGUCUGUAGAUUCUGGAGAUACACUGCGUUGGCCCAUUCUGCGCUUUGGACCAACGUAGCUUCCCUUGGGAUCAUCAGCUUUCGCGUGACCAAGGAUGAUAUCCUCCAGCAGAAAGAGUACAUGCAAACACUUCUUUCACUGUCAAAAUCCAGGCCACUUCACAUAAAGCACGACGUGGUCGAGUCGGAAGAGUACGCCGCUGCGAAUCAGCUUUUCGCAUUUCUUCUCAGACAAAAUCCUCCAUUGAUCACAGGGGACCAGGCACCCGUUUAUCAUGCCGGUCGGAUGUUGUUGGCUUUGGGGUUUGAACAUGCUCGAUGGGAAACGCUGGACAUCGUUUUCGACAACCCGUUUCUUGUUUUCUUUCUCCAGAAGUCUCACCUGAUUAAGGCUGUAAACUUGAAGCAGUUGGUGAUAAAACUCAAAGGCAAUUCCUAUACUGCUUCAAAUUAUGAAGGUUUGCACCAGUGGAUAUCCAAGCUUCCCAACCUCGACUUUCUGCGUGUGGAAUCCACGGGGUUAUAUUCGAAACUUCUUUUCUCGUUUUCGUUGAAAGUCCCCAAUGUUGAGCUGCGCCGGGAUCAUAUCCCACUCUGUUGUUGCGUUGAUUUUUUAGUCAACAACACCUAUUCGACUAGCAUUAUACUCAAGGGAACUGCACUCAACGGCCCCACGACACCUGGUACCGGGCCGCUGUGCAGCUGGAAUGUCAAAGAACACCUGUUUCCGAGUGUGACAAAUAUGACUAGAUUGCAGAACCUUACGCUGCGAGGCAUAAGAGGCUCAAUCAACAUUUUCCAAUUUAUCCGUAUACCAUCUCUUAAAACUCUAGAGAUCUACGAUGGCUUAUUUGGAAUUAACGAAAUUUCGGCUCUUGAAUUCGCCACUAUCCUAUCCAGGCAACAUUGCGUUUUGGAGCGCUUAGUUAUACAUAACGCCUGUCUCUCAAGAAACGCCGUACUUCAGAUGCUUACUUGGAAAGCGAUUCAAGGUAUCAAGAGGGUGUCCCUUGGACCAGUUCCGUUCUCAGAACUUACCCAGCUUGUCCGGUUAAAAGCUAAUUCCAAUGGUUUUAUGGUUUUCAAAGAUCCGAGCCUCGGUAUAUUCAAGUUGCCAGUCAAAUUCACAGUGUGGCAAAGGACCAGGGGCGGGAAAAAGGAUCUUGGAUGUUUCUUGGGAUGGUAG